AUGAGUGCUCCACUGAUGGUGACAUUAUCUGGUAUUCGUGGGAUAGCCCAUGAGUCCUUAACCUCCGAAGUGAUCAUCAAAUAUGUCAAAGCUUUUGCCACGACUCAAUUAAAAGAGCAUCCGACGAAUCACAAGUUCAUAGUUGGACGAGAUUCUCGUGUAAGUGGUCCAUGGGCUGAAGAGAUAGUGAACAAAGCCUUAGUAGAAUGUGGUUGUGAUGUUCUUCAAUGUGGGAUAGUCCCAACACCAACUGUUCAAGUUAUAGUUCAGCAUGAGGAAGCGUGUGGUGGUGUCAUAAUAACUUCGAGUCACAAUCCAAAGCCAUGGAAUGGACUUAAAUUUGUUGACUCCGAUGGGUUAUUCAUUGUCCCCGAGAAGUGCCAAGUCGUCUUCACGUUAGCGGAGGAAAAGACUUUUUGCAAUGGAAAUGGCUCCGUUAAAAUGUAUCCUGAUGCCGCCGAGAUCCACUUAUCUAAAAUAAUGAAAUUGCCAUAUAUUCACACUGAAGAUGUGAAGGCAAAGCAUUUUAAAGUGGUCAUCGACUCUGUAUGUGGAGCUGGAGGACCUAUUAUGGUGAACUUACUUCACAAAUUCAAUUGUGAAGUUAUUGAGAUGAACACCGCUCCUACAGGUGACUUCCCACAUACACCAGAACCUAUUCCGGAAAACUUAAAGGACUUGUGUAAACGCGUGAAAGAGGUUGGCGCUGAUCUUGGAAUAGCUGUUGAUCCCGAUGUGGACCGAUGCGUCUUAAUAGGUGGUGAUGGAUGUCCUAUAGGAGAGGAGUAUACACUUGUCUGCGCAGUUUACUUCGCUUUAAAGUAUUGCGGGAAGCGUGGCGCGGUGUGCAAGAAUUUGUCGUCGUCGCGCGCGACUGCGGAUGUUGCAAAAGAGUAUGGGUGUGUGUGUUAUAAUACGCCUGUUGGUGAGAUCCAGGUUGGUGUAGGGAUGACGGAGAAGAAAGCAGUGAUAGGUGGUGAAGGGAAUGGAGGUGUUAUGUUGCCUGAUGUACAUAUUGGUCGUGACGCGAUGGUAGCGACCUCUCUUGUCCUUAACUUGAUGCAACGCGAGAACAAAUCAUUAAAAGAGAUCGUCCAACAGCUUCCGCAAUACACCAUUUAUAAAAGUAAAGUCGACAGAAGUAAAGUGAAUGUCGAUAAAGCAUUUUUGGACGUGAAGAAGGAAUACGCAAAUCAAGAAAUAGACGAGAGAGAUGGACUCUAUGUCGCAACUGAAAAGUAUUGGGUCCAUCUCAGAAAAAGUAACACUGAACCAAUAGUCAGAGUUAUCGCAGAAGCUCACACUAUAGAAGAAGCUAAACAAGCUGCUGACCAUGUUAUGGAUAUUCUACUGAAGGCGUAG